AAGCAAGCUGACGGCGUGCCAAGCCCUAACCGGAAGCGCGAAGGUAGAAGGCAACUGCUUCCGCGCAUUCUCCGUCUCUCAUCUCCCAAAGCUGUCUAAAAGGAAAAAGUAAUUAGGGUUUUUGAAACUGAUAGUAGAUAUGGCAGCCGAGAAGAGAGAAUCAGAGGUCACCAACAAGACUUCCAAUGCCAACUCUAACAACACUAAACUCGAGCAAAUCGGAGAUUCCUCGCCUCCUUUGGCUUCCGUUUGCGGCGAUACUUCUAAUAAGGAGGCCGAAGAACGACAGUCUCGUGACCUCAAAGCUGGUCUUCAUCCCCUAAAGCACAAAUUUGUAUUCUGGUAUACCCGCCGUACACCUGGAGUUCGAAAUCAGACAUCAUACGAAGACAACAUAAAGAGAAUUGUUGAUUUCAGUACGGUUGAAGGUUUUUGGGUUUGCUAUUGCCAUCUAGCUCGCCCUUCGUCCUUGCCAGUACCAACAGAUUUGCAUCUUUUUAAGGAAGGAAUUCGCCCUUUAUGGGAGGACCCAGCUAAUUGUAAUGGUGGUAAGUGGAUCAUACGAUUCAAAAAGGUUGUUUCAGGCCGUUUUUGGGAGGACUUGGUUCUUGCCUUAGUAGGUGACCAGCUCGAUUAUGGGGAUAACAUAUGUGGUGCAGUGCUAAGCAUUCGUUUCAAUGAGGAUAUAUUGAGUGUCUGGAAUCGCAAUGCAUCUGAUCAUCAGGCCGUGAUGGCUCUGAGGGAUUCAAUUAAACGUCACUUGAAGCUUCCUCAUAAUUAUGUCAUGGAAUACAAGCCUCACGAUGCCUCUUUGCGAGACAAUUCAUCCUACAGAAACACCUGGUUGAGAGGAUAGAGCUGCUGUAAUGGCACUCUUACACGGGCUUCUGGGCACCAAAGACGCAUUUGCCACCGAUCUUGUUGGUUAUUGUCUACAUUACACUGACAAUCGUGCCGGCUGCGCCACGGCUAGUGUGUGGCGUUUGAAUUCAACAAUAGGACUGCAAUAUUGCAUUAUUUGCUGUAUUGUCUUUCUUGCGGGGUUUCAUGUCUCGUUUUGUGUGAUGAAUUUCAGUCCUUCGUUGUAAAUAAAGUUGUACCCGCUAUGCUUCGUAAGUGCUUUAUCAGUUCGCUGAGGAAUAGGAGCAUGGUUUUAAAGAUCGAUUAAAUUUGCAUGGCAUUUAGUGUCAACCCUUGUAGUGGAUAGGCUUUAUAUGAUAUUGACAUGGCUAAUGACCGGAUGAUAACUACCCCUAGAAUUUAUCUUGCGGAUUUUAGAUUAAAUAUUUUAGCUUUGUUUGGAGUA